CUUAUUGCGCGACGGUUUCAUCCGCCAAUCACAGUGGAGCUCUUUGAGAUCAACCUUGCAGCAGUAUCGUCUUUGUUUUGACAUCUUCGGGGGUUUGAGAGGAGAGGCCUCCAACGUCCUCCAUCAUGCUCUCUAGCAAGAAAUCAGAUGCCGGCUCCUCUGCGUCCUCCUCCUCAUCUUCUGUUGGAGCAGCAGGAGGUGAAAGGGCGCUGAGUUCUGACGCCCAGACUGGUCCGUCAGCCUCGGCGUCGGGAGCUGUGGAUACAAAGAAGAAGGACAGGUUGUCCCCUAGUGGGGAACCUGCAGGAGCCUCUUUCCCUCACCCUCCAGGUCCCGGAGGAGUGGACCCAGACUCAGCUGAAGUCCGUAGAACAAGUCGGCGGAAGCGACCAAAACAGGUGGAGUACCGCGAGAUGGACGAAAGCCUGGCCAACCUGUCGGAGGACGAAUAUUACUCGGAGGAGGAGAGAAACGCCAAGGCGGAGAAGGAAAGGAAGCAGGUCGUCCCUCCUCCGCCCCCGCCCCCCGAGGAGGAGAACGACAGCGAACCUGAAGAGCCGUCAGGUCCAAGUUUGGAAGGAGCUGCUUUCCAGAGCCGCCUUCCUCACGACAGAAUGACGUCUCAGGAGGCUGCCUGUUUCCCCGACAUCAUCAGUAGUCCUCAGCAGACUCAGAAGGUCUUCCUGUACAUCAGGAACCGUACCAUCCAACUGUGGCUGGACAACCCUAAAAUUCAACUAACGUUUGAGGCCACAGCACAGCAGCUUGAAGCUCCUUACAAUAGCGAUGCUGUGUUGGUUCACAGGAUUCACAGCUACUUAGAAAGACACGGCCUGAUUAACUUUGGCAUUUAUAAAAGAGUCAAGCCGUUACCCACAAAGAAAACAGGGAAGGUAAUAGUGAUCGGUGGAGGGGUGUCUGGUCUGGCUGCAGCCCGCCAGCUGCAGAGCUUUGGGAUGGAUGUUACGAUCCUGGAAGCCAGGGACCGUGUGGGGGGCAGAGUGGCCACUUUCAGGAAGGGAAACUACGUUGCAGACCUGGGAGCCAUGGUCGUGACGGGACUGGGAGGGAAUCCCAUGGCUGUGGUCAGUAAGCAGGUCAACAUGGAGCUGGCUAAGAUCAAACAGAAGUGUCCGCUGUAUGAGGCCAAUGGCCAGGCUGGUGAACGGUGCACAAGUGUGCCAAAAGAGAAAGAUGAGAUGGUGGAGCAAGAGUUCAACCGACUGCUGGAGGCUACCUCUUACCUCAGUCACCAGCUCGACUUCAACUUUCUCAACAACAAACCCGUUUCUUUGGGACAAGCUCUGGAGGUGGUCAUCCAGUUGCAAGAGAAACAUGUCAAAGACGAGCAGAUAGAACACUGGAAAAAGAUUGUAAAGACUCAGGAGGAACUCAGGGACCUUCUCAACAAGUUGGUGUCCACCAGGGAGCGUGUGAAGGAGCUCCAUCAGCAGUUCAAAGAAGCAAGRGAAGUCAAACCACCCAGAGACAUCACGGCAGAGUUCCUGGUGAAGAGCAAGCACCGCGACCUCACCGCUCUCUGCAAGGAGUACGACGAGUUGGCAGAGCUGCAGGUGAAACUUGAGGAGAAGCUGCAGGAGCUGGAGGCCAACCCACCCAGCGAUGUUUACCUUUCAUCCAGGGAUCGGCAGAUUCUAGACUGGCACUUCGCCAACCUGGAGUUUGCCAACGCCACGCCCCUCUCCACCCUGUCUCUCAAGCACUGGGAUCAGGACGAUGACUUUGAGUUCACCGGCAGCCACCUCACCGUGCGGAACGGUUACUCGUGCGUCCCCGUGGCUCUCGCUGAGGGUUUGGACAUCAAACUGAACACGGCAGUGCGACAGGUCCGGUACACGGCAUCCGGCUGUGAGGUGAUCGCAGUGAARACUCGCUCCACGACCCAGACCUUCAUUUACAAGUGCGACGCCGUGCUGUGCACGCUGCCCCUCGGCGUGUUGAAGCAGCAACCGCCUGCCGUCCAGUUCGUCCCGCCCCUGCCUGAGUGGAAGACGUCGGCCAUACAGAGGAUGGGCUUUGGGAACCUCAACAAG